AAUUAAAAAUCAAUAAACUUGUGGACUUGGGUUGCCUUUUACCCAAAGAAUUGUUUACUUUUACUUUCUACAUUCAGUGCGGCAGGAGGGGCUAGAGAGCGCGAAAUCGUUACACUCCUUUUUAGCAGCAGGAGGAGCGACAGAGACCUGCCUAUCACCACGGGCUCCUGGGCAGCGAGGCCAAAAUUGAGCCCGUACCCAUCGCGUACUUUGGCUGAGAAACAGCCCAGUCCGUGCCAUCCCAGUUCUGCAGAAGGCAGCCCCGCGCCGCUCCUGGUCUCACGUCCCCUCUCAUCGUUCAGCGUUAAAAUCCUGGUCCUUCAAAAAUUCGUUUUACUGUAGCGAUGGCCCAGCGCUCCGCGAAAUGCAGACAGGCUGGGUAGCCGGGCUGGGCCACUGCCCACUCCGCAAGUACUGCGUGUUUACACCCCUCAGUGCUGGGCGGGUACAGAGGAUGACACGGAACGGGAAACCCGCAGGCUCCCCCACGCAGGCGAGAGCCUCACUAGAGAAGUAAGGUCGAGGCGGGAGGGGUGCUGGGCAUUCAGGCUAGGAGGGCAGCAGGGCCGCCUGUCCACCGGGGCGCCCACCGAGCCUGACCCAACGGUCUCGAAGGAGACUUCGCGGGGCAAGGGCUCCAUGGCCGCGAGGAUGUGGAGGACUUGCCGGAUACUAGAACCUGCGAGUCCCCCAACUCCGGCCGCCCGGCAGGCAGUCGGCGGUAUGAGCGGGAGCCAGGCCGCCCACGAUGUGUGCUCGCGAGCUUCAGACUACAAUUCCCAGGAUGCACUGCGGCCACAUUGGCAGACUCGGCAGCCAAUAAGUGACCUCAAAGAGCCGAUUCUUACGUGAGGAGGCGGGCCCUCCCGGGGUAGACCUGCGGCAGCUAGUGGGCGUUUCCGCGCCGUGCGGCUUCGGCUCCGCCCCCUGCCCGAGCUCCCGGGAUCCCUGUCCCCGGCCCCCAAGAGGUGAGUCCCCAGCAGGUGUGUGCGGGUUGCCUGGUGCUCAGGACUUUGGUGUCGCAGGCGGUACCCCGAACUCACGGCCGCCCUAUAGUGAGCUGCGCACCGAAGUGCUGCAGCGUCGUCAGGCUCGGGGCUAGCUGGGCCGCGGAGCCCGAGCCCGACUGCCCCGAGGCUGGCGCCGCUGGGCCUGCAACAGCAUCUCAGCCGCGCGCGGGUGCGGAAGGUUGGCUGACAGCUCAGGAACCCCGGCUUCGCGGAGCCUCCCCGUGCUUUCCCUGUGGCUCCCACCGAGAUGCCCCAGGUCGGUUGCAGUUCGGAUGCAGCAGAGUUGGUGCAAGCUAUGUGUAAGACUACUUGAACUUCUGGGGUUCUUCUGCCAGCCUGGUACACCGUCGUGCUCGCUUCGUCCAAGACCUUGUGUGUGCUUACUAGUGAAAUAAAAGAAGUAUUUUCCCCAGUGUCCUUUUGGGACGUUAUGACAUUUUUCCUUUGCAAGACAGGUCAGAAAGUCAACGGAAAGACAGACUUCCCACACCUGGCGUCUGUGUUGUCUUCAGAAUUUGGGGUAAAGGCUAGUAAAUGAGAAGGGUCUGUCUCUGUAUUCCGUCCUCCCUAACACCUGCGGAGGAGCUUCAUUCCUAGCAUCUUGCUAGCAUUUGGAGAGGCUUUCCCAGAGCCAUGGUUCCCAAGGCUUGACCUACCUGCAAGGAGAGACGAGCUGCCUCCUGAGCCCCAGAAUGGCUGCUAAGAUGGAGAUAACGCUGAGUCCCCACACUCAGGCUUCUUCCGAGCAGGAAAGACACAUAAUAACGAAGCCGGAAGAGAAACGGGUUUCUGCUCUUCAAAAACACUGCCCAGAUCCGGAGCUCUCCCGCCAGAGCUUCCGGCGAUUUUGUUACCAAGAGGUUUCUGGACCCCAGGAGGCGCUCUCCCAGCUACGCCAGCUCUGCCGUCAGUGGCUGCAGCCCGAGCUGAACACCAAGGAGCAGAUCCUAGAGCUUCUGGUGAUGGAGCAGUUCCUGACCAUCCUGCCCGCAGAGGUCCAGUCUCGGGUCAGGCAUCGCCGUCCAGUGAGCAGCAAGGAAAUUGUGACCCUGGUGGAAGAUUUUUACAGAGCAUCCAAGAAACCAAAGCAGUGGGUGGCCGUUUGUAUGCAGGGGCAGAAGGUGCUCUUGGAGAAAACUGGAUCUCAGCUUGGAGAACGGGAACUGCCAGACUUUCAACUGCAAACUCCGGGGAAGGAUCUCAGGGAGACCUCCCUGGAAGAGGGUUCCCAGGCAGGAUCUCAUGACCAGCUGAGCACUCACCAUUGGGAGAAAUCCUCGCUCCUCCAAGAACCGACCCCCAAGUUGGCCGGGACAGAGGCACCCAGAGUGAGAAGUGACAACAAGGAGAACCCACAGCAGGAAGGGGCCAAAGGAGCAAAGCCCUGUGCAGUGUCAGCUGGCAGGUCCAGAGGGAAUGGGCUACAGGGUCCUGAGCCCAGAGGGGUCCCUAUGAGUGAGCCCCGGGUGUCACGGAGGCAAGUCAGCCCCCCAGAUGUUCAAAAGCCAUUUGCUCAGCACCAGAGACAUUGCAGGGAACUGGAAUACCUCGGCAGCCCGGCGAAAGCUCACCCGCUUAGAGAGCUGAAGAAAGGCAAAGGAGGCAAGAGAAGCCUGAGCAGUCGUCCGCAGCGGCUGGGGCCUGCGCACCAGCCCGCCCACUCCGCAAAGAAGCCUUACAAGUGCGAUGACUGUGGGAAAAGCUUCACGUGGAAUUCAGAGCUGAAGAGACACAAGAGAGUCCACACAGGAGAGAGGCCCUACACGUGCGGGGAGUGCGGGAACUGUUUUGGGCGGCAGUCCACCCUGAAGCUGCACCAGAGGAUCCACACGGGGGAGAAGCCGUACCAGUGCGGCCAGUGUGGGAAAAGCUUCCGCCAGAGCUCCAACCUCCACCAGCACCACAGGCUUCACCACGGGGACUGAAGUGGCCGUGGCCUUAGGCUGAAAGGUGCUGGCGGUUCUCCUUUGCCUCCUUGCAUGGAAAUCACAAAGACCCUGCGUGACUUAAAGGCAGGCAAGAGACCCCCGAGGAAGGAAGCGCCAAUCAGGUUGGUGAAAGGCCCCGGGAGAGGCUCCCCGGCCCGACCGUGCCCAGUGAUGGAGCAAAGAGCUGGUGGGUCUGGGUGUCGGGACAGAGCUGCAUCCCCUGCAGAGUGGGGCCUAGCCUUGCGAGACAGUCGGGGGGCUCCUGCGCGGCGCCUCGUUAAACUGGCUGGAGAGGAAAUGCCUCCGAUAUACACUCUGUAGUCCUUUGCAGUUUGAGACAAGGAAUGAGGCGUGAGAGGCAGUAAGUGGUUGUGCAGAAGAGGGCUUCCCAGGAAUUAGGUGGUGCUUUCACCUCAAGUCCAGGGAAGCGUGUGUGACGUGUACCUGGGGUCUUACACCGGAGCACCUCUGCUUUAGGGAAAGGAGAGCCACGGGGCCACUGAGGCCUGGCCCAGGGACAGGGGAGCUGCUGCACGGAGUGGAAGGCCACUGGGGUCACUCUUGUCCUCCUUCUCACUUGGGCCUUGGCUGAGCCAACCGGGUGGAGGGUCAGGAAGGCGAGCUAAGCUGCAUUUGGGGAUGAUGGCAUAGCUCGGUCACUUACUCGAUGCUAGUGAGGAGGUUAGUUUCACAGUAUGUGAACUGUGCCUCAACAGUAUUUCUGAAGAUGCAAAAUAUAUUUAUAUCAAAUGUUAACAGUCCUAGAACGAAGCCCAGGAGUUAUCCAAACCUACCCCAUUUUCUCAAAGUAGAGAUUAACACCCAGCCCACAUGCACUUCUGAGUCACCAGCUCAUUUCUUGGUUUAAAGAAAAUUUGGCACACGGGGGCAUGGUGGGCUUUUUUCCCACAUGUCGGAGUCACCCAGCCACUGCCAGUCCCAUCAGGCGAUGGCCCUGCAGAGGGGCAAAUGCACACCCAUGAGCCCUCACUCGGGGCAUUUGGGCCCUGCCCCACCUCUCCCACCCCCAUGUCACCAGUCACCCACUCUGCAAAGCCUCCCCAACAAGCCCCAGGUGAGCCUCUCCUGGUUGUGAGUCAUCCUCCUGCUGGACUCAGACUCUGGGGGUGCUCAGGCUGGGAGCGGGCAUGGCCCCAGGGGACACAGGCAAGGGCUGAAGACGUCUUUGUUAUGACCCAAAGUAGGGAAACUGCUGCCGGCCUGGAGGGUACAGAGCAGGAGCCAGCAGUGCCCGGGGCAGACCACAGUGGUGGCCUGGCCCAGCGUGUGGAAGUGCUGAGGUUCCAAAGCUGCAGCACACCACGAAAGCCGUUUAAGGACAGAACGUCAUUUUGGGUCAUUUUUGUUCUGGCUGUAGCUGACGCCUCACCCAGCAGAAUUGGUGAUCAGUAACUGAAAGGUUGAGGACUGCCCUCCUGACCCUUUCUGCCCGAGUUCACAGGCCCUGGGCCGGUGUGCUGGUGCAGAGCCUCUGUCUGUCCCAGAGGCCUUGUGGCUGGUCCGAGGCUCUGCACAGCUACUCCACUAAGCUCGGGGAGGCUGUCUCACCCCACUCCCAUCUGUGCCUCCCUGGGUCAGGGCCUCUUUACCUCUCAUUCUCUCCCUCUCCCCCCUCCCAGGCUGAUCUCACUGUUGUCCCUUAGUAACUCCCAAGUCAGGCCCUCUGUAUUAGUUUCCUAUUGGUGCUGUAGUAAAUGACACAACUUGGUGGCUUACAGCAGCACAAAUGUGUCUUACAUCCUAGAGGUCAGAAGCUUCAAAUCAGCCUCACUCAGUCACAGCCAAGCUGAUGACAGGCUGCCUUCUUCAGAGGCUCCAUGUGGCGGGCCUGUUCUUCAGCUUUUCAGCACCUUGGAGCCGUCCUCACCCUUCAGCUCUUGUCCCCUUCCUCCCCUUGCAGUGCAUCACUCCGUCUGUGGGCAUGUUGCCUUCUCCUUCAACCCCAGCCCUGCCUCCCUCUCAUCAACCAUUAUGACCGUAUUGGGCCACCAGGAUAAAUCUCCCCACCUCGAGAUCCCUAACUUAGUCACCUGCAAAGUCUUUGCCAUGUAAGUUAACGGGCAUGGGUUCCAGGGAGCGGGGGCGGUUCAGCCUACCACACGUCCCUAGCUUGAGUCCACGCAGUCUGCCAGAGGGGAUCUGGCCUAAAAGAGAAGGAGCAUAGAUACCACUCUGGUUUAUAAGGCGUGGGAAAUGUCCCUUACGUGAGAGUUUUUGGUUGGUGUGUUGCAGAGAACGUGUGCACAUGCUCUUUUGAUUACAGAAUCAAUAACUAAUCUUAGUGUCUUUGGGUACCUGCUCAACUAUGUUCUUGAAUAAACAUGACAGAACCACCACUCUGCACAUCAUUCUCCAAAGGGUUUCAAGUCUGUGAUGUGCCUCACCUCCCCCUGGCCAACUUUUCUUUGGCCCAAGACUCAAUGCUAGGCAAGGAGUGCCUAGAAGACGCCCGAGUGCCACAUUCAGAUGGAAGGUCCCCCUUGCCGACGCGUGGCCUCUGUGUGACGUGCUGACCUGCUGGUGUGCAACAGCUCCCCUUUGCAGCACUCCCCUGGAAAGAAACCACCUUCCUCCUUUGUGUGUAGCCCCUGCCAGUGCGACAGCCUGGAAGGUUCUGCCAUCAUUCCUGGGCUGAGCCUUGUACUUACCCACAUCAAGGUGUGAUGACUUCUGCAUCGUAUAUUUGGUCCUGGGUUGCCCCAGGGAGUUGAGAGGAGGGAGGAAGCACCAGUUGAUGGGUGGGGGUCUGGAUAUCAGAGACUUCCCUGAAAAGCAUUUUCUACUGAGAGGACCUAUAAAACCCAUACACAAUGCCAUUAUCACUCCCAGCAAAAUUAGCAAUAACUCCUGAAUACUACCC